UGGGCUUGGUACUCAACUUGACACUGGUAGUAUACGUAAUCAACCUUAUCUACUCUUAUCGUUUCUGAUACGUGUAACCGUUCCUUCUUUCCCUUCCUCAAAGGAAUUGACCAGAUCACUGUGACCUACAGCCCACACCCAUAAAAUCCUCAGUCUUCGUCAGAGAAUACGAGAGCACAUCUAACUUACGAACGCAAAUAUGAACACUCAUGAAUCGGAGGUGUAUACGGUGGCGCCGGAGAUGCCAGCAAUGUUUGACGGCAUGAAGUUGGCGGCGGUGGCCACCGUUCUCUACGUCAUUGUUCGGUGUCUAAACUUGAAAAGUCCCACGGCUCCGCCGGACCUCACUUACCAGGAUACAGCACUUAACCUCUUCCUGCUCAAGUCCUGUCCUAUUCUGACCAAAGAGUACAUUCCUCCUCUACUAUGGGGUAAAAGUGGUCAUCUGCAGACGGCCCUCUAUGGAAAGUUGGGUCGGGUCAGUUCACCACACCCGUUCGGCUUGCGCAAAUAUCUGCCCAUGCAGGACGGAGCCACGGCAACUUUUGACCUCUUUGAACCCCUGGGGGGUCAUCAGUCCGGAGAAAAGAAAGAAAACGUGAUCUUCGCUCUGACGCUGCACGGUGGACACCUGGGUUUCUUCGAGGGUGCUGUGCUGUUCCCUCAGCCCCUCACCUGGAUGGACAAGGUCAUCGUGGGCUACGCCAAUGCCAUCUGCCAGUGGGAGAAACAGAAACCACCGUGCCAAAGUCAAGGCGCCCAUUCCAGCGAAACCAAAUGCCAAGACAGUAAAUCCUAA